UUUAAUAUUAUCUCCGAAUGACAGAGUCUGGUAUAGUAUUGGAAGGCGAUAAAUUGGAACUAUUGGAAAAGAUAUUGUUCGUUAAAUAGGUAAAAUGCUUGGAAGAAGAUAAAAAGGCUGUAGAAUUCGUACUGGUUGAGCACUUCUUUGGAUUAAAUGCGUGGAAUUUAAUGGAUUAAUGAAACGCAAAGAUUUGGCGUGCUUUUCCUUUUCAUAGAAAAACAAACUAAACCAAGACAUGUGGCCGAAGGUGCACAAACAUCUUAUUACCAUUACAUCUCUAGGACUGCCUCUACUUCUCUUAACGAUAGCAGUAACAUCAUUACCAACUGCCAAAGGGCUUUCACAUUCAGGUAUUCCACAGAACAUUACUUGCAAAAGUAACACCGACUGCCAAGCAAUUAAUGGAUCGAUUUGCCAAGACAGCAUCUGCGCAUGCCCGGAAGACAAGCCUGCUUUCGUCAAUGUGACCAUCAACGCGACAGUCAGUGAAGGUUACUGUUUAGAUUCAUGGAACACGACGGGGGCCAACUGCAGCUUCAGCGAGCAGUGCGACUACGACCACGGUCUCUGCGCGAAUGACGUCUGCGCAUGCGAGAGGAGAUUCACGUCAUCAGACGAAGGCGUAUGCCAACCCGUCAAAAAAAGUGAUCUGAUACCCAUAGCAGUGGGUGCGGCACUGGCUGCCAUUGUGCUCUUAACGCUGGGCGCUUAUUUCUGGAUGUCGAGGAAGAAAAAGUGAAAGAUCAGCCUGCCUUUUUCUCUCACA